AUGAGUCAUUUGUUGGGAACAGAGAUCGCUAACAUGCUACUCUUCAUUUUAUCUAUAGCAGUCGGUAGUCAGAUAGCUGCAUAUUCUAUUGCUGCACCUUUACAGACAGAGAAGUUUUUUGAUCUUGUCGGGUGCGGCACAUAUUCAAUAUGUGCAAUUAUAUCUUUACUAAAACCAUGGAACUUACCAUUUCCUGAUGAUUUUCAAUCAAUUUUACGACGUUAUCAUCCUCGUCAACUACUUGCUACUGGAAUGAUGAUAAUUUGGUCAACUCGAUUAGCAACCUUCUUAUUUAUUCGCGUAUUAAGGGCAGGACGUGAUUCAAGAUUUGAUAAAGUUAAAAAGAUACCUAUGAUAUUUAUGAUAUAUUGGUUACUUCAAGCCACAUGGAUUUUUAUAACGGGAUUGGGUGUUUAUUCCGUAAAUGCUUUACCUAAAGAAGUUCAAUCCGACCUAAGUUUGCUUGAUCAUAUUGGGGCAGCGAUUUGGCUUUUUGGAUUAACAUUGGAGGUUAUCGCGGAUUAUCAAAAGACCGAAUUUAAAAAUAAUCCAGGAAAUAAAGAAAAGUUUAUACAAUCUGGAUUGUGGAGUCUAAGUCGACAUCCAAAUUACUUUGGUGAAAUUAUCUUGACCAAUCCCGAAAUUGUUCGUCCGUUAUAUGCUUAUCUUGUUUGGUUAUCUCCUAUAUUCACAACUUUCUUGAUUACAAAAUUAUCUGGUAUCCCAAUCCUUGAGAAAAAUAGUGAUAAAAAAUUUGGAAGACUUAAAGAAUAUCAAUUAUAUAAAGAAAGAACAAAUGUUUUAUUCCCUUGGUUUCCAAAAAACAAAGUUGAAUAA